GCACGGACAAGAUGGCGGCCAGCUGGGAAGAGAAGUGAGGAUGUCAACAUCAUUUCUUCAGUUCAAACAAGUCCGGAUUUCGCCACACGCCUCAUCGAUAAAACCGCAGUAUUGUUAAUGUUCCGCGAAUCUGUCUUUGGAGCCGAGACCGGGGUAUUUUAACGCAAGCAAACGCAUGUUUUUCAGCUAUGUUUUGGAAAUCCGUUUGCGCAAAGAGGACCAUCAACUCUUGACGAAAGAUCUGGCCUGAAUGAGCCUCCAAAACUCACGCCAGGAGUCACAGAAAGAGCGUUUCAACAACACGUCGCAUAUAAUAACAUCGACUGAAACCCUCAGAUCAGUGAGGCUGUUUUGAUUGGUGUUCGCGGUGCUGUCCGUGAGGAAGAGCAGCAGUUCUCAUUAAAGCUCCGGAAGUGGAGGAGAGCUUUUCAUCCCAGUCAUCUUUCUUCAAAUGCACUUUCGGUCCUCCAGUGGAUGCUCUUUACUGCACUAUCCGCCUGCAAAAGCAAUAAUUUGGGCAAACAGGAUCCAGGGCAGCAUUCGUUGGAUUUUGUCCGGAAAUAGUGUUUUUGUGACUUGUGAGGUUUUGGCUAAGUGACGCCAUGGCUCAUUCUCCAGUGCAGGGCAGUCUGCCUGGGAUGCAAAAUUUAAAAGCAGACCCUGAGGAGUUAUUCACCAAGCUGGAGAGAAUCGGUAAGGGCUCUUUCGGAGAGGUGUUCAAGGGCAUCGACAAUCGCACACAGAAAGUGGUGGCCAUCAAGAACAUCGAUCUGGAAGAGGCCGAAGAUGAGAUCGAAGACAUUCAGCAGGAAAUCACAGUAUUGAGCCAAUGCGACAGUCCAUUUGUCACCAAAUACUACGGCUCCUAUCUAAAGGAUACAAAGUUAUGGAUCAUCAUGGAGUAUUUAGGUGGUGGAUCUGCUCUGGAUCUGCUGGAGCCUGGUGCUUUGGACGAAACGCAGAUCGCCACCAUCCUGAGAGAGAUCUUGAAAGGCCUGGAGUAUCUCCACUCUGAGAAAAAGAUCCACAGAGACAUCAAAGCUGCAAAUGUAUUGUUGUCGGAGCAAGGGGAGGUGAAACUGGCAGAUUUUGGUGUGGCCGGUCAGCUUACAGACACACAGAUUAAACGGAAUACAUUUGUGGGCACACCCUUCUGGAUGGCACCAGAGGUCAUCAAACAGUCUGCCUAUGAUUCAAAGGCUGAUAUUUGGUCUUUGGGCAUUACGGCAAUUGAGCUGGCUAAAGGAGAGCCCCCCCACUCUGAUCUGCACCCCAUGAAGGUGCUGUUCCUCAUUCCAAAGAACAACCCCCCUACUUUGGAGGGCAACUACUGCAAACCUCUGAAAGAGUUUGUCGAGGCCUGUCUGAACAAGGAGCCCAGUUUUAGACCAACAGCCAAAGAGUUGCUGAAACACAAGCUCAUUGUGCGUUAUGCAAAGAAAACUUCUUAUCUGACGGAGCUCAUCGACAGAUACAAGCGCUGGAAGGCGGAACAGUGUAGAGUGGAGUCCAGUUCAGAUGAUUCUGACUCAGAACCGGAUGGCCAGGCAUCUGGUGGGAAUGACUUUGGCAACGACAACUGGAUCUUCACCAUUCGAGAGAAAGAUCCCAAAAAACUGCAGAAUGGAGCCAGUUCUACUGGAGAGGAGGAGCCAACGAAGAGACCACUGUCCCAGAGUUUAUCCACUGUGAUCACUCCUGUCUUAACUGAGUUGAAGGAAGGGGUGGGAGAAUCAGCAGUGAAGUCUGAAGUUCUGGAGCAGCUUGGGGAGGCCAUUUUCCUGGCUGAAGAUACACAUCCUGGGAUCUCAGACGUCAUGAUCACUCAGCUUAUUCAGAGGCUACAAAGGUUCUCUAGGGCAAGAACAUCCUCCUCCUCACACCAGUGAUUAUUCCAUUAGCCUGUCCGUCUCUCUUAAGUCCACCCCCGGCAUCAGCUCAGCGAAUCCGGACACCAGCAGACUCUGUGACGUCUACCCUGGAGGACCAACUGUCCUUCAAUAGCUUAUCAAGAGAACUUCUCAAACUCCUCAAGCUUCCCCUAGUUUCACUUUUCUUUUAUAACCUCUUGGAACACUCUUUGGAGUGAGUGCGUAUGUAUGUCUGUUAUAGUGUGUUUGUAAUGGAGACUUCUUAAGCGAUGGACAAAAUGUAGGUGUAACUCAUUUGGUGAAGCACUGAAUGAGAUUGAGACAGGUAGUUUUGCGAUAUCGCACCCAAGCUUUCGAAGAAUGCAUUAAGUGUAUGCCAUCACAGGGUAGAAGACAGGUCAGUCGCCUUCUCUUUUACUCUUAAUGAAAAAUUAAGAUAGUGUGCAUGACUUUGAACAAAAUGCAUGUGUGAAGACAGAUGUCUGUCAGUGUGUGCGCAUGCACGCAUCAAAGCCCUGAUUUGAAGGAGAUUGCAGUUUUUCACUGAAGUCUCAGGUAAUCUGCUAUGAGCAGACUAGUCAUCCAGGAAGACAGAGGGCGUUAUGUUUGGAUUUGUGUACAGAUCUAUGUAUAUAGUCAAAAUUUUACAGACCUUUAAAUGAGAUGAUGGAUUUUUGCAAAUGAAUCACUGUGUACAGAUGGCCAAGAGCUUCUGUAGAUAUUGUUGGAAUCAAAAGAAAGGUAAAUAUUUAAAAAAAAUCAAGCCUCUUAAAUGGCCAUUACUGAAAUGCCUUGCCUUUUUAUCAAAUGUAAAUUUUUCGGGGUGCUCUGUUAAUUUUAAUAAAGAAAUUAAA